CGUUCUUUCAUUCAUACAUUCUUUACAUUCAUCUGGUUGUCGCUUUUUUUUGAUUCUCGCGCGAGCUGUUUCUGCUUUGGGCAUGCUUUCAUGCUUUGUUAGUGUUGGAAUACCAUCUACACAAUUUCUAUAGGUCUUGUAGAGCAAGACAAAAUGGUUUUCGUGAGACCGGCGGCGCUUCUGGCGCUUGGUGGUUUGAGUGGGUUGGGCUGGGCAGCGCCGGUGGAGGUGCGAGACGACACUGUGUCUACUGAGAUCUUCGACAAGUUGUCGUUAUUCGAACAGUACGCUGCGGCGGCUUACUGUAAAAGCAACAGCAACAGCACCGGCACCAAGGUUACGUGUGACGAGCAGAACUGUGGUAGUGUCGAGGCGGCGGACACGAACACGCUCACUGAGUUUGAGAACUCGUCAGAGACUGAUGCCACCGGCUUUGUCACUACGGACACAACCAACAAGCUGAUCGUUAUUGCGUUCCGGGGUUCAAAGAGUAUCGACAACUGGACAGCCAACCUGGACUUUCAGAUGGAAGACGUGACCUUCUGCUCCGGAUGCCGAGUUCACAGCGGGUUCCUGGAAUCAUGGAACGAGGCGCAAGAUGGCGUCAUCAAAGCCGUGCAAGCAGCGCAAGCAGAGUAUCCCGACUUCAAGGUUAUCAUAACGGGCCACAGCCUUGGUGGUGCCAUGGCGACCAUUGGUGCAGCAGCACUCCGCACCAUUGACAUUCCCGUCGACCUGUACACAUACGGGGCCCCGAAGUCUGGAAAUGACGAGUGGGCGACUUUCUUGAGCGGGACAGACAAGGGAGAGAGCUUCCGGGUCGUACACAAAGACGACGUUGUCCCGACAUUACCGCCAAGCGUCCCGUUCUUGAUGCCGUAUGCGCAUGUGCAGCCCGAGUACUAUAUCACUACGGGUAACAAGGUAGACGUGACACCUCAGGACAUCCAGGUCAUCUCCGAUGGCGACAACGGCGGUAUGGAUAUUGCAGCGCAUCUAUGGUACUUCAACAAGAUCUCGGCAUGCGAUGGGUUGUUCGAUCUAAAGGUCAAGCGUAUGGUAGAGGAUCUUUCGUAGGAUGGAGGUCGGUUCCUAUCAGCGAUGCGUGAGCUUCUUGCAUAUACCCUUUUGCCACAAUACAAACGACUUCUCGUCAGCCGCGACCUUUGUAG